AUGUCCAGUCCCGCAGUCAUGGUAUUUCGCGUCCUCGCCGGAAUGGCAACCAUUUGCAUGGUCUCCAGCCCUUCGCUGCUCAUGUACCGGAUCCACAAGCAGAAGCACGUCGGUGUCGCCUCCGUCUUCCCCCUCGCCGCUCUACUCGCAAACUCACACGUCUGGAUGAUGUACGGCUACAUUAAGGGCAUGUGGUUCCCUGUCUUCGCCUGCUUUCUUUACGGCGAAUGCUGCGCCAUUGUCUUCCUCUCCGUCUACACUUACUACUGCUCGGACAAGGGCUACGUGGCUCGCACCCUGGCAGUUUUCGUCUCAGUUCUCGCAGUCAUCACUGUCUACGCCGUCGUGGGUGGCCUCGGCUACACGGGCCAGUCAACGAGCAGCGUUGGCACCAUCGUCGGCAUCCUGGCCGACUGCGCGGGCAUCUGCCUGUACGGCGCGCCGAUGGAGAAGCUCUUCCAAGUGCUCAAGCACAAGUCGGCCGUCUUCAUCAACGUGCACAUGGUCAUCGCCGGGCUCGUGAACAACUCGAUCUGGCUCGUGUACGGCGUCCUCAUCACCAACUGGUUCAUCAUCUUCAUCAACCUGCUGUUCGUCUCGGCCAACACCUUCACGCUGUGUCUGUACCGGGUGUAUGACCCGAGGACGCACCCGCUGCAAGACGGCUGGGACACUCACGACGUCGACCAGGGCGAGAUCUCGGUCUGCAUCGAGCUGACGCCUCGCAUGGACACAAAGAAGUCUCUCACGAGCCUUCCUAGCCCAGAGUACUCGUUCAUGGCGUCGCCGAGGCUCGAGGGUCUACGACAGUAAGGUGUGCGAACCAACUUCUGAUAACAUCUGUUCUGAAGUGUCCUUCAAGGACACUUUCGCGAACUUAAUCAAUUGUACAUAAGUAUGC